AAACCGCAGUGUUAAGGUACCAGAGUAUAUCAAACACAGAGGUGAACUUCAAUGCGAUCUGAUAAAAUUCUACAGAAAAAGGUGUAGUUCAAUACCUCUCUCACCGCUUCUUGAAGAAAAAGAGACACUUCUAGCUGGGUUCUACGUGAUGCCAGAUAUUGUCGCCGUAAAGCAGAAGUCCGAAGUUUGUCAUGAAGAGGAGAGAACACCGAUCAAGUCUUUGGGUGACCUUUUCUCAACUGAAAGUGAGGAUCAGCAAGAAAUCUAUUUAUUAGCUGACGCAGGCUUUGGAAAAACUGCCUUUUCAAAAUAUCUUGCAAUAGCGUGGUGUCAAGCUCAUUGUCCAGAGGAACAAUACGAUGAUAAUAAGUGUUUUGAGGAUAUUGAGUUAAAAGCUCUAUCUAAAUUUGAGUUCUUACUUUUGGUUUUCUUAAGAGAUCAUACCUCUGUUUCUCACAUUGACGAUAUGAUUAGACAGCAAUUUUCUUUGCAUCUUCCUUCAUUGAAAUCACUAGAUGAAAAUUCAUGUAAAUCAAAACUAAAUGAAGUUUUAAGUAGAGAAAAGUGCUUGCUUAUAUUGGACGGUCUUGAUGAAUGGAAUCACCCUGGUAAAAGUUGUAGCGAGGUUACAGCAGAAAUCCCACAUAGGUGCGUACGUGAUAACUGUGUGAUUUUAACGACAACUCGACCGUGGAAGUUUGGAGUUUCAAAUCUCAAAACAAGUCAAAUAGACAAAAAAGUAGAAUUGAUUAAAUUAAGUGAAGACUCUAUGCUAAAACUACAAGAAAAUGCUAUAACGAAAAUGACCGGUGUCCAUGACAAAAGCGUACUGAAGAGUAAAACACGUGACUUUAAUAAAUUGAUACGUGACCGUCGCCUAGAGCACAUGCAAGUGAUUCCACUCCUCCUCAUGUAUAUAGUUUGCCUAUGGUGCAACAACAUUCCCAUAGGAAAUACAAAACAUGAAAUUUACACCAAUAUCAUUGAAUUUCUAUUAUCCAGAACAUCAAAGAAACACCCGGAAGUUCAACCAUCUCGUGAAUCGUCUGCCAGUGAAAUUCCAGAAUACUUCAAAAGUCAUGAAUUCUGUAAACUUUUUUACAGUUUUAUAACAUCAUUAGCAGAGCUAGCUUACCAAACAUUAUUUAACGAAAACAGAGAAAACACGCUUGUAUUUGAUAGAACGGUUGCUGAAAAAUAUCUCAAAGCAGACGACAUGAAAUUAAGUUUUCUCUCAGGAAUACUGUCAGAAAGUAGAACUAAAACUUUAAUCAAAGAAAUUAUCAAAGUGUCGUUUUCUCACAAAACAGUGCAAGAAUUCUUUGCCGCCAUAUUUAUAAGUUCUCAAAGUGACGCUCAGAAAAUUGUGGAAGAAAAAUGUAGAAAUGUUCAAGACAUUCUGGACAUGUCAAAAAUUUGUGAAUUUAUAAGUGGAAUGAAUGCUGACCUGAUGUGUGCAAUAUCAAAUGAUUUGAUGUCUGUGAUAAAUGAAGACGAGAAAACACGCGACUAUAGAACUAGGACAGGUUACGAGGAGUGGUACAAUAUUCCAUUGUAUGACAUACAGAAAAUGUUCAUGUCAUGUUUACAAGAAAUGCCUGAAAGUGAAAAUAUUCAAUUAUGUUUACAAGAUUUCUUCAUUUACACGAAGACCGAUGUUCACAGUACGCAGUUACAACGUUUAUUUAAACAAAAUAAAACCAACAUAAAAUCACUUUAUAUACACAGCAUGUCUUCUUCCAGCAGUUUACGUGAAAUUAUAGAUUUAUUCUCUCUCACAGAUCUCAGUCAUAUACAGAAACUUCUCUAUUAUGGUGACGAGAAGAAGGAGGCUGAGAUAAGUCGGAUAUUGUUUCCCAGUUUACAUUACGUUACUUUGUUGCGCGGUACAUGGAGAAAUGAUGAAGAAAGUCUGAAUGAAAACAUGGCGCGAUGUCAAAACUUACAAUAUUUAGAUAUUAGAGGCUUCACGUUAUCUCACAAAAUACUGGAAACAAUUUUCAAUUUUAUCUCCGGUCAAAAAUCAAUGAAAGAGUUAAUAUUGUUGGGGUUAGACUGUAAAGAACAUGGCGGCCAUGGUUGUAAGAGAUUGAACUUGGACUUGUCUCAACAUUCAACUCUAUCAAAGUUAUACUUGUUCAAGUUACCUUGGAGUCUACAAUUAAAUAUAUCAACACCGUCAUUAGUUAAUGUUACGUUGUGGGACAUCAAUCUAGAUGAAAGUUCAUUGUUACUGUCACGUGACAUGUUGAAUAUUGAACGUGUGGUGUUGUGCUAUAUAGAAAUGUCUGCAGAAAGUUUACAGAACUUUAUUAUCGUGCUGGAAAAUCUGCCGCAGUCAGUUACAGUAGAGAUGAGACGCAUUAAACCGGAAACAGAAUAUGACCGUGUUAGAGAAAAUAUUCGGAGAUCACAAACUUUUCAUGUGAUACAAGACGACAGCAGGUUGCAGAUAAUUAAGUUCAAAACAAUAAAACCAAGCAAAGAAUAGACAAGAAAAAACAUUGUAUAAUAAACUGAAGAAAUGACUUAAAUGAUUUUAAUUAAUAAAAACAAUUUAAUUAUGGACACUUAGAAACAAAAUGGCGGCUCUUCAAACUUUAACAAGGACACAUGUACUUUCGUUUUCAAUUAAUAAUUUAAGUGACAAUUGUUUAUAAAUAAAAACAUUUAAAUAAUAGAAAUAAUUCAAGGAAGUUUUUACGGAAUUCAAUGGAUAUAAAAGUUCGAUUAGGAUAUGGAAAUAUUUAACAGCGGCCUUAGAUCAAAAUCUUUGUGAUGCAGAAUAAGGAUUUGUGUAGUUAUAGAUUAUUUCGAGCAUCAAAAAUACCAUGUUCCUUUGUUGACAAGAAAAUCAGCUCGAGUAAAUCAACAGUGACAUUGAUGAUUAUGCUCCUACUAGAGACCAAUAUGAAGACUUAACAUCUGGUCCUGGCUCAACAGAAACAUAUCCAAAAGAAUUUUAAAAAAACACCAAAAAACAGUGCAGCACCAAUAC